AAUGAAGAAAGAGAGGAUAGGAGAUUGGGCCAAGAAGUCUAAUAAACAUUGGAAGCUUCACGCCUUAGGUUUGCUGCUCCUCUGCUUAUACAAACAACACUACACACCCCCUCGUGCUGUGUUAUCCUUUCCUUUCUUCUCCCCCCUCUCCGUAGAUACAUACAUAUAUUGUGUAUCUACAUCUAUCCGGCAAUGGGUUCAUCGGGAGCUGCAAAUUUGUGGGUUUUACUGGGGCUAGGCAUAGCUGGACUUUUCAUUAUGACCAAGAAAAUCAAGAAGACUAUCAAAGCUGAUUUUGGUGCUUUUGUUGAGAGAUUUCAGCUGCUUCCACCCCCUCAGCCUGCCCCUCCUAAAGCUCCUCAUCCUCUCACUGGCUUCUCUUUUGCUGUCUCUGAUAUCUUUGAUAUCGAUGGACAUGUAACUGGUUUUGGCAAUCCAGACUGGGCAAGGACACAUGAAGCUGCUUCCCAAACAUCACCUGUGGUUUUGACCCUUGUUGAAGGAGGAUCCACAUGUGUUGGGAAAACUGUGGUGGAUGAAAUGACAUUUAGUAUCAGUGGAGAAAAUAAGCAUUAUGAUACACCUACGAAUCCGGCUGCUCCUGCACGAGUACCUGGAGGAUCGUCUAGUGGUGCUGCUGUUGCUGUCGCUGCUAAUCUUGUUGAUUUCUCUUUGGGCGUUGACGUUGUUGGUGAUGUGAGAAUACCUGCCGGAUUUUGUGGCGUACUUGGAUUCCGACCUUCACAUGGUGCUGUUUCUCACACAGGAAUAAUUCCUGUUGCUUCAAGUCUCGAAGCUGUUGGAUGGUUUGCAAAGGAUCCAAAAAUAUUAGGGCUGGUUGGACAUGUGCUGCUGCAAUUGCCAUUUGGAGUUCAACGUAAUCCAAGGAGUGUAUUGAUAGCUGAUGACUGUUUUGAACUAUUGAAGACACCUGUUAGCCGCAUCACUGAGUCGGUGGUUAGAUCCACUGAGAAGCUACUUGGCAAACAAGUUUUAAAGCAUAUGAAUCUUGGGGAGUAUAUCAGUUCUAAGGUGCCAAGCCUACAGAAAUUGAAUAGUAACAAGGCCAAUGGUGAACAAAAGCCUUCGUCGCUGAAAUCACUCGCACACACCAUGCAACUACUUUGGAGACAUGAAUUUAAAAAUAACCAUGGUGAAUGGAUAACAUCUGAGAGGCGUAUUCUGGAUACUGUUGUGACAGCACAACUGCAUGAUAGUCCAGAUAUAACAGAUUCUGAAAUUGAAAACAUCCAGAAAGUGAGGAAUGACUUGAAAGUGGCUCUUAAUGCUCUUUUGAAGGACGAUGCCAUCCUAGUGAUCCCAUCAGUUUUACAUCCUCCUCCAAAACUUGGCGCAAAGGAGAUUUCAUCGGAAGACUAUCUAACUCGUACAUAUUCUUUGAUGAGUUUAGCUAGCAUGUCGGGUUGUUGUCAGGUUACAAUACCAAUGGGAUUUCAAGACAAGUCUCCUGUCUCUGUUUCAUUCAUAGCUAGGCAUGGCGGUGAUCGAUUUUUACUGGAUACCACAAAAUUGAUGCAUGCUUCUCUUCAGGAGCAGGCUGAAGCAGCUGGGAAGUCGAACUUGUCGAGUAAUGUUGUCAGCAGGGAAGCUUCUGCAGAGAUUGCAAAAGAAAAGGGAAAUCAAGCAUAUAAAGAGAAGCAGUUUAAGAGAGCGGUUGAUUUGUAUUCAGAAGCUAUUAAACUGAACGGUAAUAAUGCAACAUAUUACAGUAACAGGGCUGCUGCACAUCUGGAAGCGGGAAGUUAUCUUAAGGCAGAAGCUGAUUGUACAAAAGCUAUUGACCUUGACAAGAAGAAUGUCAAGUCGUAUCUAAGAAGAGGUACAGCACGGGAGUUGCUUGGCUACUUUGAUGGGGCAAUUGAAGAUUUCAAAUAUGCACUUGUUCUUGAGCCAACAAACAAAAGAGCUUCUACAUCUGCCGACAGGUUAAUAAAGUUGUUUCAUUAAUGAUCAAAUACAAACUGAGAGAGAAUUGCAAGGUCCUAGUCGGCAUGACUUGCAAGGUCCUGCACCAGACGAGUAAUGCAUUGAUCGCGUAUUUUGAAGUUAAAAGGGAAAUUAUUUGUUGUGGCUUCUGUUGAAUUGGUUCUGGAGCAACCACUCACAUUUGCCUGCGUUUCCCUUUAUGUUAUAGCCGAGUUUGUAUAUUGGGCGGGUUUUCCUUGCACUUAAAUUGGUUACAACUAGUUUAGUAUAUCACAAUUUUUUGUGCCAAAAUCGUUGAUUAGACUUUAAUUAGUUAGUCAGUGAUUUUAAGAAGAUAUAUUUUGAAUCAUAUAUUAAUCAUCAAGUGGUAUCAGGAAUUACUAUAGAA